AUGCCGAGGUCUUUCCUGGUGAAAAAGAAACCUGGAGCAUGCGGAGCAUGGCAAUGGAAAGAGCCGGAGCAGCUGGAGUGGAAAAAAGACAAUACUGCAGAGAGUGAAAGUUCAAAGCAGCAGGAACCCUGCAGUCCAGACGUCCCACAGAGCGCCCCUGUGCCUCACGCUGUUUCCACUGCCAGAGCAACAGGUGUGAGAGUGCCCGUCCCUUCAGCUGGAUCAGGAAUACCUGUGGCUAACACCAGACCAGACUGGUCCUCACUGAUGCUCCGAGGCUCCUUCUACCACCCCACUGCCCUGGCGUUGAUCAACAGAGCUAAGGCCCGUCCCCGCUCCUCCCCUGGCUCAGGAGACUUUGUGUGCUCAGUGUGCCACAAAAUCUUCCCCCUGCAGCGCAUGUUGACCCGACACCUCAAGUGUCACAGUCUGGUGAAGAGACACCCAUGCAGAUUCUGUGGCAAAGGGUUCAACGACACCUUUGACCUCAAGAGGCACAUGAGGACACACACAGGUAUACGCCCCUACAAGUGUGAGCUGUGUGAGAAAGCCUUCACGCAGCGCUGUUCGCUGGAGUCUCAUAUGAGGAAGAUCCAUGGCGUUCACCAACAGUACGCCUACAGGCAGAGACGCUCCAAGAUAUUCGUAUGUGAAGAUUGUGGUUUCACCUCCAACCGACCUGAUGAGUACUUCCUUCACGUGAGGCAGUGCCAUCCCGGGAGCCCUUCCCUCCGCAGGUACUACCGCCGCCAGGCCCACGAGAACAGCAGCUUUGGACCAUCAGACCGUAAACACCACCCAUACCUGCUGUACCCAACGCCAGCCUACUACAUGUAGGGCUCAUGUAAUGCUGAACUGCUUUAUAAUGUAUUUAUAAACCAUCCAUAGAUGACAAUAAAGUGAAUUAGCUUUAAUUAAGUAUUCAAAUAACACUUUAAUGCUAUCCCUGUCUGUACCCUCUCAAUGUCACUCAUCACUUCUUGUUUUGAAUCUACACUCCUCUUUCAUCCUGUUCAGAUUAC